CUCGAAACCCAUUGUCACAAACCUACAUGUUUAGCGGGCCUGAUACCUCAGCGGCGGCACAGUUCGUAUGAGGGUCGAUAUGAAUGCAGCCAGGGCCUCGCGACAAAGACCGUAUGCAGCCUAGCUCACACUUGACAUCGAAUGUCUUUCGAGAAUAUCUAGGGUUGCAAGAUCAUCAACAACCCAACAUUUUCUAACAUAUGGUAAAGUAGAUUUAUAUACAUCUACGAACCUCGGGCCUUUGGUUUGGCAGCAUAUCAAAUACUUACUAACCUUCCUAACCGCCUCCAUCAGACAUGGAUGCAACCAAAGAAGUAGCAGCUAACGCUACAAACACCGCUGCAAAUACCACGAAAGACCUUGGAGACGCAGCCACACGUGUCGAGAGGAAGAUCGAAGAGAAACUCACAUACCUCUGGCACGAGAUCGCACCCUGGCAACAAGACAAUGCCUACAUAACCUCCGGCUACCGGCCGCAAUCAAACUCCUACGCCAAGUCCUGGAAAUCGUUGCUCUACAUCCACAAUGAAACCGUCAACAUCUACACGCACCUCCUCGGCGCUCUGGCCUUCUUUGUUACCUCCUAUUAUCUCUACGGUGAGCUCAGGCCGCGGUAUGAAACAGCCAGUAAGGAAGAUGUGUACGUGUUCAGCUGCUUCUUUGCGGGUGCGGUGGCGUGUUUGGGCAUGAGUGGGACGUAUCAUACGAUUCAGAAUCACUCGCAUGAAAUUGCUAUCUGGGGAAACAAACUCGACUACCUAGGUAUUGUGAUUCUGAUCUGGGGCUCGUUCAUUCCGGUAUUGUACUACGCUUUUCAGGAGGAGGUGGGGCUGAUGAGGACUUAUUGGACGAUGAUCACCACACUGGCAGCGGGCACGAGCGUUGCCUGCACACAUCCACAGUUCCGCACCCCGGCUCUCCGCCCCGUUCGGGCACUGAUGUUCGUACUUAUGGGCCUCUCCGCAGUGUUUCCCGUUCUGCACGGCAUCAACAUCUACGGUGUGGAAUAUCUACGCAAGAGCAUCGGACUUGACUGGGUCGUUCUGCAGGGCCUGUUGUAUAUAGCCGGCGCAGGCCUGUACGCAGCGAGAGUGCCGGAGAAGUGGGCGCCGGGCAGGUUUGAUAUUUGGGGCAGUAGUCAUCAGAUCUUUCACGUGUUGGUUGUGAUGGCUGCGGCGAGCCAUUUAGUGGGAUUGGUGAAGGCCUUUGACUAUGCGCAUAGUCAUAGGGCGGCAGUUGACGGGGCAAUGGCUUGGGUGCAUAGUCUAUGAUAUCAACGUCCGGCGGCGACAAGUUACUUGGGUCGUGAGAUGGGGCGUCGCUGGCUCGUGCCUCGUUCGACAAAGAAGAUACCAGGGGCUCUGGUCUUCGGACUCUUGCCCCGCUGUUCGAGGGCUCCCGAUUCGGUCUUCGUGAUGCGUGGCUGUUCUACGGUAGCUGCGGCUAGGGCUUUGGCGCAGGCGUAUUUAGAUCUGCAUUGGACCGCAGGCGUGCAUUUCUUUACGAGGCAGAGUCGACACGGAAGUUUCUAGGGAUUCUCCAACACAAGCGAC